GGACGUUGUGAGUGAUCGGUUGGGUUGUGGCGAGGCCGUGGGUUUAUCUUUUGCUUGUGGAGUGCAGAGAAGUGGUGAUCAGGCGAGGAGGUGUAGGGAAUCCGUCGUUAGGUCUGUGGCGGGUGUUUGUAAGCCUUGCCCUUGCUCCGACGUGCGGGGGGACGCGUGCAGUCUUGGGAGUUCUAGGUUUCACUGUAGCUUGCACCUGCGGUGUGCGGUUAAAACUGCUGUGGGCGGAAACUCGUUAGACCUGCUGUGGAGCUGCUCCGCAUCGUGGACACGAAUUGUUGCGAAGCGAAUUGUAGGGGGUCGGUGUGGAGGAGAGAAUGCAGGAACGAAAACUGGAGGUCCUAGAGGGAGCUUGGGAAGCGGAAGUAUAAGUGCCAGGUGUUUGGAAUCGAGGGCUCGGAGAGGAUGAUGCAGUCACCAGCAGGGGCUGGGCCCCCGCACGGGCAGCAGCCAGAGGGGCAACAGCAGCCGCAGCAAUGGGUGAUGAUGCAGCAAACGGGGAUGCAGCCUCAGAGUCACGAGGAGGUGAAGACGCUGUGGGUGGGAGACCUGCAGUACUGGAUGGACGAGAAUUACCUGCACACAGCUUUUGUACACACUGGAGAGGUGCAGUCCGUGAAGAUCAUACGCAACAAGCAGACGGGGUACUCGGAGGGGUACGGGUUCGUGGAAUUCGUGUCCCACGCGGCAGCGGAGAAGAUUCUGCAAGCUUACAACGGGACUCAGAUGCCGAACACGGAACAGCCAUUCCGGCUGAAUUGGGCUUCGUUUGGAAUAGGGGAGAGGCGUCCGGAGGCGGGACCGGAGCACUCGAUCUUUGUGGGGGAUUUGGCUCCCGACGUGACGGAUUACAUGCUGCAGGAGACGUUUCGGACGCGGUACCCAUCUGUGAAGGGCGCGAAGGUGGUGACGGACGCCAACACGGGUCGGUCGAAGGGGUACGGAUUCGUGCGAUUCGGCGACGAAAUGGAGAGGAACCGGGCGAUGAGCGAGAUGAACGGGGUCUACUGCUCGAGCAGGCCGAUGCGGAUCAGCGCAGCGACUCCGAAGAAGUCUCUGGGGCCCGCCCAGCUGAACCCGAAAGUGUCUCCGGUGGCCGUGGCCACGUAUGCAGCGUACGGAGCCCAGCCAUCCCCGCAGGCGUUCCCCGUGGACAACGAUCCCAACAACACAACCAUAUUCGUGGGAGGACUUGACCCAGCUGUAGGCGACGAAGAUUUGAGAAACGUGUUUGGGCAAUUCGGGGAGCUGGUGUACGUGAAGAUUCCGGCUGGGAAAGGCUGCGGUUUCGUCCAGUUCACACACAGAGCUUGUGCAGAGGAGGCGCUGCAAAGGCUUCACCAGACGGUGAUCGGGACGCAAGCGGUGCGGCUGUCGUGGGGGAGAAGUCCUGGGAACAAACAGACUGCUGAUCCUGGAUGGGGCCAGCACCAAGACCCAAACCAGUGGAACGCGGGAGGGUACUACCAGGGAUAUGCGCAAGGGUACGAUCAGUACGGAUAUCCAGCACAGCCGCCGCAGGACCCUGCAUACGCUCAAUACGGGAACUACCCUGGCUACGGAAACUAUCCCCAGCAGGCUUCAGUUGCUGUAAGCGCCGUCCCUAGCGUGGAGCAGAAGGAGGAGGAGAUCUUUGACCCUCUGGCCCCGGUCGACGUGGACAAGUUGAAUGCGGCGUACAUGGCCGUCCACACAGCCCCUCUGCUGGGGCGUCAUCUGUGGCUGAAGACGUCUGAUCACGGCCAAGCGCAGAUGUGCUACUUGUGAUGGCUUUCUGGCGCGCAUAGCGGUGACGGUGCGCGGGCGUGCAAAUUGAUGUCCGGUUGUAGAUGAAGUUAACGUACCGAGAUGGAGGCAGUAGUGGGCCUCCGUUUUAUCGCCGAAUUUUUCUUCAUUUCCUCGUUUCCUCGUUUUUUUUCUUUAUUUUUAAAAUUUUGUCAUUUCUCCAUAUCCACGCCCCCGACACCCUCUUCUAGUUCGGAAGCGGGAGGGUGUCGAAGUUGGUUAACCGUCA